AUGUCGUUGCCCGCGAUUUCCCUGUACACCAGUCCGCCGGGCGCGGUCUACUCUUCGGAGUUCGACCCAACCUCCCGUGGCUCGUCACCGUCCACCACCGCUGCGCCCCCGCCGCCGGCUGCCGCGCACCGCUUGCCCUCCGGCGGCGGCGGCCUGUCGUGCCUCUUCUCCUCUCCAGCAGCUGCGGCCGCGCCGCCCCGCGCCCCGGCUCACGACGACCUCGGCUCGCUGUGGCACGACAGAUCCGACGAUCUGAGCGUCGCCGGCGGGUACUACUCGCACUCCCACUCGUCUCCACCGCUCAAGCGGCGGGACCUGCACCACCACCACAGCCCCGUGUCGGUGUUCCAGGGGCCGUCCUCCUCUUCACCAUCCCGGAGCCCGCCGGCUUCUUGGCUCGCCGCCCGCGACCGCGACCGCCUCUUUGCUGGCUUCGUGCGCAACGCGCUCGGCUCCUGCGUUGACUACGCGCCGCCCAGCAGCCCUCGCCCGGAGGUCGGCGCCGGCGAGCUCGCGUUCGAGCUCGACGAGAACCUCGCGGAGGCUAGCCCUGCCUGCGAGCCGUACGCCCGAGAGCUGCUCGCCAGUGCCCAGGAUCGCCACCGCAUCUUCCACGAGGAGCUGGUCGUGAAGGCCUUCUUGGAGGCCGAGAAGGCUCACCGUGGCCAGACGCGGGCGAGUGGUGAUCCAUACUUGCAACAUUGUGUGGAGACUGCUGUGCUACUUGCCAAGAUUGGUGCGAAUGCAACAGUUGUCUCGGCUGGGCUUCUGCAUGACACCAUUGAUGAUUCAUUCAUUGACUAUGAUCACAUCUUCCAUAUGUUUGGUGCUGGGGUUGCUGAUCUCGUGGAAGGGGUUUCCAAGUUGAGCCACCUUAGCAAACUUGCUCGUGAUAACAACACAGCAAGCAGAACAGUUGAAGCGGAUCGCUUGCAUACAAUGCUUCUAGCAAUGGCAGAUGCACGCGCUGUUCUAAUAAAGCUUGCAGAUCGCCUGCAUAACAUGAAGACCUUAGAAGCUUUGCCUUUGGUCAAACAACAAAGAUUCGCUAAGGAGACAAUGGAGAUUUUUGUGCCUUUAGCUAACCGACUAGGGAUUGCUAGCUGGAAAGACCAGCUGGAGAAUCUUUGUUUCAAGUAUUUGAAUCCGGAAGAGCACAAGGAGUUGUCAUCCAAACUUACAGAAUCCUUUAAUGAGGAGCUAAUUACAUCUGCUGUGGAUAAACUAGAUAAAGGUCUGAGGGAUGCUGGUGUCUCGUAUCACAAUCUUUCUGGGAGGCACAAGAGCCUAUACAGUAUUCAUUCCAAGAUGCUAAAGAAGAACUUGACAAUGGAGGAGAUCCAUGAUAUACAUGGCCUGCGUCUUGUGGUUGAGAACGAAGAAGAUUGUUAUAAAGCCCUUUGUGUUGUUCAUAGAUUGUGGCCUCAAGUUACUGGUCGAUUCAAGGAUUACAUAUCACGUCCGAAAUUAAAUGGGUAUCGAUCGCUGCACACUGUUGUCAUGAGUGAAGGCGUCCACCCAUUCGAAGUUCAGAUCCGCACAAAGGAGAUGCAUCUGCAGGCCGAGUAUGGAUUCGCGGCACACUGGAGGUACAAGGAGGGCACUUCUAGGCAUUCAUUCGUGCUCCAAAUGGUGGAAUGGGCAAGAUGGGUCCUUACAUGGCAAUGCGAAGCGAUGAACACAGAACGGACUGCCUCCCUAGGCUAUGCCGAUACUGUGAGGCCACCAUGCCCGUUUCCCUUGCAUUCAGAGGAGUGCCCUUACUCAUAUACCCGCCAAUGCAACCACGAUGGACCACUAUUUGUCAUCCUCCUGGAGCAUGACAAGAUGUCUGUCCAAGAAUUCCCGGCAAACUCAACAGUAAUGGAUCUCAUGGACCGUGUCAGCGCCAAUAGCUCAAGAUGGAGCCCCUACAGCAUUCCCAUGAAGGAAGACCUCCGGCCGAGGGUGAACCACGAGCCCAUAUGCGACCCGAACCGGAAGCUCAGCAUGGGGGACGUGGUGGAGCUGACGCCGGCCCUGCCUCGCAAAUCCCUCAGCGGGUACCGGGAAGAGAUCCAGCGAAUGUACGACCGUGGCGGAUUUGCGCUCUCAACCCGGGGUGGUGGCGGCUCGAGACGCUGCUGA